AUGGAUGCUCUAGAGGUUGUCCACAUUAGCAAAGGAGACCGGGAGAAUGUAUUUGCAAUGCUUGCUGCAGUGUUAUGGUUGGGAAACAUAUCAUUUACUGCGAUCGAUAAUGAAAAUCAUAUUCAAGCCGUUGAGGAUGAGGGGAUGUUCAGCACUGCCAAGUUGAUUGGAUGUGAAAUUGAAGAUCUGAAGUUGACUUUAUCAACUCGCAAAAUGAAAGUUGUUAAUGAUAUUAUUGUCCAGAAGUUGACGCUAUCUCAGGCUAGUGAUGCAAGAGAUGCUUUGGCGAAGUCUAUUUAUGCAUGUUUGUUUGAUUGGCUGAUCGAACAAAUAAACAAAUCACUAGUUGUUGGCAAAAGAAGAACUGGAAGAUCUAUCAGUAUUCUAGAUAUAUAUGGCUUUGAGUCAUUCAAUAGGAACAGUUUUGAGCAGUUCUGCAUAAAUUAUGCAAAUGAAAGAUUACAGCAACACUUCAAUCGUCAUUUGUUCAAGCUAGAACAAGAGGAACAUAUCCAAGAUGGAAUUGAUUGGGCUAAAGUUUAA